UUUACGAAUGAUUCGAAUGGAAAGAUUUUUUAGAAGUAUUCCGCUAAUUUUUGGGGUUUUAAGCGAGAAUCGAGGAGCCUUUUUUGGGAUUCUCUAUAUUAAGCUAAUGGAGAUCGUCGCUUUUGGGAUUCUUAUUUUUUAUAUUGAGCGUAACGUUAAUAAGAACAUAUCCAAUUUGCCUCAAGCUCUUUAUUGGUCCUGCAUAACGCUAACAACUGUUGGCUACGGCGAUAGCACGCCCUUAUCGGAUUGGGGAAAAUUUUUGGCGUCUUUUGCUGGUGUGUUUGGCAUGUGGUUCUUUGCUUUGCCUGCUGGACUGCUCGGAACCGCGAUUGCAUUGCACACACAAAGGAUGAAAAAGAAGAAAAAAGUAAGAAUCGAAGAGAAACAUGACGCAGCACGUGUCAUACAGACGCUUUUUAAAUAUUGGAUUUUGAAUUGCAAGAAAAAAAUCUCCGCUUCUCUAUUAUCGCAUAGAGCUGAGCACGUGGCCACGGCAAAAACUAACUUUAUGCGUUCGCUUGCAGAAUUCAUCGAAAGAAGAAAUCGGCGAUGCAUAGCUGAUAACACCGACACGACGAUUUUUUUUAUUAGUAAAAAAUUAGAUAAAUUGGUUAAAGAUUUAAAGCGCAGAGAACGCAACCGAGAGACUGCUCAUAGGGAAGCCCCCAAAGAAAUAUCAAAUUUUAGAGCCUUCUUGAAGGACGGCCAACUCUACGUGGAACCUCCAGGAUCUUCCCAAAAGGGCUCAUCUGUUCAGCCUGUAGAGUCUGAAAAUAAAUAUGAUGUUAUUACUGAAUCUCUUAAGCAGGCUACUAAAGAGAUGAAGUUAAUCGACGAUAAAAUUUCUUCUCUUGCUAUUGAAUAUGCUCGCGAACUAAUAAAAAAUUCUCAAACCAACGGCGAAUUAGAAUUAGCGCAAGCGUUAAGCUUGUGUACAAAUUUAGAUGUAGUUGUAAAUAAUGAAGCAACUUGA